GUGGCAGAGCUCUAACUUUUUGGUUGAGCACAAGUUCUGUGUUGCUCAUUGCUAUGAGAAGGUGCUGAGACUGUACCCCACCACCCAUCCGUGGCUGCUUUGUGGCUACCUGAUGGCUACCAGUACUCCCUCUUCCAUGCAGGUUAAACUUUGUUUUCAUUCUUUGGAUCUCAAUGACAUUUGUGUGCUCGGGUUACCCAGUUGGUCCUUCCAUGAGCAGCAAUCCUUUUUAUUUGAAUUGCCAGCUGUAUGGAAAAUCUGAUUACUGCCUCGUCCUGCUGAAUAACUGCUUAGCCCAGGUGGGCAGGAAUGAAGAACUGGCUCUUUUAAAGCCUUACCUGGAGAUGCCUUUCAAUAAAAGAUCCUUUCGCAAUGGUGUUGGAUCAGGAAUUAAAAAAACUUCCUUUCGAAGAGCAAAGUCAUAAACAAAUGUUCAAAACCACACUCUCGAUUUUAGCGU